GCCGGACGGAGCCGGAGCCGCAGCCGCAGCCGGAGCCGCCCGGCCCGGGUCCUGUGGAGCAGUGGUACUGGCACUGGGCCCCUUCUGAUGGGAGGAUGGUUGUGCUCAGGCAGUUUAGGCUGCUGCUCUGGAAGAACUACAUCCUGCAGAGGCGGCAGAUCCUGGUGACGGUGAUUGAGGUGUGCCUGCCGCUGCUCUUCGCCGCCAUCCUGAUCGCUCUGCGGCACCGCGUGCACUCCGUCAGCCACCCCAACGCCACCCUCUACCCCACUGAGUCUGUGCAUGACCUGCCCAGCUUCUUCUCCUCCCAGCAUGCCAGCAACCCCUGGGAGCUGGCCUAUGUCCCCUCCAACAGCAGCGCGGUCCGGAGCAUCGCCGAGGCGGUGGAGAGAGCUCUGCCCAUCAACAUCAGAGCCCAGGGUUUCCCCUCGGAGCGGGACUUUGAGGAGUACGUCAGGCUGGACAACCGCUCAGGCAGCGUGCUGGCCGCCGUCGUGUUCCAGCACCGCUUCCCGCACAGCUCGGCCCCGCUGCCCCUCCAGGUGGAGUAUGAGCUGCGCUUCAAGUACAGCCCGAGGAAUGCUCCGCGGAGUGAGCAGACGGGGCUGAACCCCAACCUGGACCGGGACUGGCACACCAGUUACCUGUUCCCGCUCUUCCAGCUGCCCGGGCCCCGUGAGGCCAAGUUUGCUGAUGGGGGGACACCAGGUUAUCUCCGGGAGGGAUUCCUGGCGGUGCAGCACGCCGUGGACAGGGCCAUCAUGCAGUACCAUGCCAGUGCCAGCUCUGCCAGCCUGUUGGACAACAUCACCGUGGUGGUGCAGCGCUUCCCCUUCCCAGCCUAUGUCAAUGACCUCUUCCUCCUGGCCAUCCAGAACCAGCUGCCCCUGCUGCUCAUGCUCAGCUUCACCUACACUUCGCUCAACAUUGUCCGUGCCGUCGUGCACGAGAAGGAGAAGAAGCUGAAGGAGUACAUGCACAUGAUGGGUCUCAGCAACUGGUUGCACUGGAGCGCCUGGUUCCUCAUGUUCUUCCUCUUCCUCCUGGUGUCCGUGUUCUUCGUCACUGUGCUCUUCUGUGUCAAGGUGAGCGAACAGGGAGCGGUGCUCACCAACAGUGACCCCACCCUGGUGUUCACCUUCCUUGCCAUCUUCUCCAUCUCCUCCAUCUCCUUCAACUUCAUGGUGAGCACUUUCUUCUCACGAGCAAACGUCGCGGCUGCCGCUGGUGGCUUCCUCUACUUCUUCUCCUACAUCCCCUACUUCUUCAUCUCGCCCCGCUAUGACCUGAUGUCUCACAGCCAGAAACUGGCAUCCUGCCUCAUCUCCAACGUGGCUAUGGCCAUGGGGGCGCAGCUCAUCGGCAUGUUUGAAGGGAAAGGGACUGGCAUCCAGUGGAGAAACCUCAUGAAGCCCAUCAGUGUGGAUGACAACUUCACCUUGGCCCAGGUGCUGGGGAUGCUGCUCCUGGACUCGGUGCUCUAUGGCAUGGUGGCCUGGUAUGUGGAGGCCGUGUUCCCUGGGGAGUAUGGUGUGCCACAGCCCUGGUACUUCUUCCUCAUGCCCUCGUACUGGUGCGGGCGGCCCAGGACUGUUGUGGGGAAAGAGAAGGAGGAGGAGGAGGACCCCGAGAAAGCCCUGAAGAGUCAGUACAUUGAGGAGGAACCAGCUGACCUCGUGUCAGGCAUCAAAAUAAAGCACCUAUCCAAGGUCUUCAGAGUGGGAAACAAGACAAAAGAGGCAGUGAAGGACCUGACAGUGAACAUGUAUGAAGGGCAGAUCACUGUCCUGUUGGGACACAACGGUGCUGGGAAGACCACCACUCUGUCCAUGCUCACAGGUCUGCACUCCCCGACGGGCGGGCAGGCCUACAUCAAUGGCUAUGAGAUCUCCCAGGAUAUGGUCCUGAUCCGCCGCAGCCUGGGGCUGUGUCCCCAGCAUGAUGUCCUCUUCGACAACAUGACAGUGGAAGAGCACCUUCACUUCUAUGCAGGGCUGAAGGGAUACCCACCCUCCAAGUGUCCUGAGGAGAUCAACCACAUCCUGAGGAUUCUCAGCCUGGAGGACAAGCGCCGCUCCCUGACCAAGGCUCUCUCUGGGGGCAUGAAGCGCAAGCUGUCCAUCGGCAUCGCCCUCAUCGGGGACUCCAAGGUGGUGAUGCUGGAUGAGCCGACAUCGGGGAUGGACCCAGCCUCUCGCAGAGCCACAUGGGAUCUCCUGCAGCAGCAGAGGAGCAAUAGAACCAUCCUGCUGACCACUCACUUCAUGGAUGAGGCAGACCUGCUGGGGGACCGUAUAGCCAUCAUGGCCAAGGGAGAGCUGCAGUGCUGUGGUUCCUCCCUCUUCCUCAAGCGCAAAUACGGGGCGGGAUAUCAUAUGGUGAUGGUGAAGGAGCCCUACUGCAACCUGGGGGAGAUCUCCCGCCUCAUCUGCCAGUAUGUGCCCAAUGCCACCAUGGAGAGCAAUGCUGGGGCAGAGCUGUCCUUCAUCCUGCCCAAGGAGAGCACACACAGGUUUGAGGCCCUGUUCACAGAGCUGGAGCAGAGGCGGGAGGAGCUGGGCAUUGCCAGCUAUGGUGCCUCAGUCACCACCAUGGAGGAGGUGUUCCUCAGGGUUGGGAAGCUCGUGGACUCCAGCAUGGAUAUCCAGGCCAUUCAGCUGCCUGCUCUGCAGUACCAGCAUGAGAGACGCUCCAACGACUGGGCCAUGGAUGACUCCAGCAGCCUGAGUGGCAUGACAGACAUGACGGAUGACAGUGGGGCACUCAUCACCGAGGACUGCUCCAGCAUCAAGCUCAACACUGGGUUCUACCUGUGCUGCCAGCAGUUCUAUGCCAUGUUCAUGAAGCGGGCCAUGUACAGCUGGCGCAACUGGAAGAUGGUGGCAGCGCAGUUCCUCGUGCCUCUGAUCUUCACUGCCUUUGCCCUCAUCGUGGCCAAGACCUUCCCGGGCCCGCAGGACUCAUCCCUGCUGCGGCUGACUCUGGAUCCCUAUGGCCAAACCAUCGUGCCUUUCUCGGUGUCGGGCACCGCGGGGCUGCCGCAGAGGCUGGCGGAGCAGUACGCGGAGCUGCUGGAUAGCCAGCAUCAGUCACCACUGGAGGUGUUGGGUGGGCUGGAGGAGUACCUCAUCUCCCGAGCCUCCGAGGAAGGAGGAGCCUUCAAUGAGCACUACAUUGCAGCCGCCUCCUUCGAGGGCACAGGGAACCGCACACUGGUCACCGCGCUCUUCAACAACCAGGCCUACCACUCCCCUGCCACCGCCCUCAUGCUGGCUGACAACGCUGUCCUCAGGGUGCUGGCAGGCCCCAAUGCCUCCAUCACUGUCACCAACUACCCCCAGCCCCGCAACAUCACUGAGAAGGCCAAGGACCAGCUCAUGGAAGGCCAGACUGGGUUUGCCAUUGCCAUCAACCUGCUGUAUGGGAUGGCCUCACUGGCCAGCACCUUUGCGCUGCUGCUGGUCAGCGAACGUUCCAUCAAGGCCAAGCACGUCCAGUUUGUCAGUGGUGUUUACGUGGUCAAUUUCUGGCUUUCUGCCCUGCUCUGGGACAUCAUCAACUUCCUCAUCCCUUGUGCUCUGAUGUUGGUGAUAUUCCAAGCCUUCGACGUGCAAGCCUUCACCCAAGACAGCCACCUCGUUGAUGUGAUGCUGAUCUUCCUCCUUUAUGGCUGGGCCAUCAUCCCCCUCAUGUACCUUCUCAGCUUCUUCUUCUCAGUGGCAGCCACAGCCUACACCCGUCUCACCAUCUUCAACAUCCUCUCCGGCACCGCCACCUUCCUCGCUGUCACCAUCAUGAGCAUCCCAGAGCUGGGAUUGGUGGACCUCUCCAAAACUCUGGAUAAAGUUUUUCUUGUCUUACCCAAUUACUGCUUGGGCCAGUGCAUCAGUGACUUCUACCAGAACUACGAGUUCAUUCAGUUCUGCACCUCCUCCGUUGAAGCCAUCUUUAUCUGCAAGGCCUUCAAUAUCAGUUACCAGAUGAACUACUUUUCCUGGGAGACCCCUGGGAUUGGACGAUAUCUGACCUCUUUGGCUGUCCAGGGUUUCUCCUUCCUCUUCCUCCUCUUCCUCAUUGAGACAAACCUCCUCUGGAGACUGAGAACUCUGGUCUGUGGCAUCUGCAGGCGGCGGAAAUGGGUGGCCCUACUGAACAGGGUGUCUGUGCUGCCAGAGGACAGGGAUGUGGCAGAUGAGAGGAAGAAAGUUUUGGAGUCACCACCAGAACUGCUGUCAUCUCUCAGCAGCCCUCUGGUCAUCAAGGAGCUCACCAAGGUCUAUGACAGCCGGGAGUCCCUGCUGGCAGUAGACAGGAUCUCCUUGGCCGUCAGCAAAGGGGAAUGCUUUGGUCUCCUUGGCUUCAACGGAGCAGGCAAAACCACCACCUUCAAAAUGCUGACAGGUGACGAGAGCAUCACAUCAGGGGACGCUUUUGUGGAUGGCCACAGCAUUCUGGCCAACAUCAAGAAGGUGCAGCAGCGGAUCGGGUACUGCCCGCAGUUUGAUGCCCUCCUGGAGCACAUGACGGGGCGCGAGACGCUGAGCAUGUACGCGCGGCUGCGCGGCAUUCCCGAGCGCUACAUCGGCAGCUGCGUGGAGAACAUGCUGAGGGGGCUGCUCCUGGAGCCCCACGCUGACAAGCUCGUCAGGACCUACAGCGGUGGGAACAAGCGGAAGUUGAGUGCUGGCAUUGCCCUCAUUGGUGGCCCCCCUGUGAUCUUCUUGGAUGAGCCCUCCACUGGCAUGGACCCCGUGGCCCGGCGCUUGCUCUGGGAUGCAGUGACACGGACACGGGAGUGUGGCAAGUCCAUCAUCUUCACAUCCCACAGCAUGGAGGAGUGCGAAGCGCUGUGCACACGAUUGGCCAUCAUGGUGAAUGGGCAGUUCAAGUGCCUGGGCAGCCCCCAGCACCUCAAAAGCAAAUUUGGUAGUGGAUACACCUUGCUGGCCAAAACCCGGGGUGAGGAGGAGGGCGAGCUGCAGGCCUUCAAGGCCUUCGUGGAGAAGACCUUCCCAGGCAGUGUCCUGAAGCACGAGCACCAGGGCAUGGUGCAUUACCACUUGACCAACAAGAACCUCAGCUGGGCACAGGUCUUUGGGGCCCUGGAGAAAGCCAAAGAGAAGUAUCGCUUGGAAGACUACUCAGUGAGCCAGAUCUCUCUGGAGCAGGUCUUCAUGAGCUUCACUCGCUUCCAGCACUACACAGAGGACAGAGGGAAAUGAUCUCCGGUGCCCUUCCUCACGGACUGGCCCUCAGCCUAUACAUAGUAUAUAUAGAGACAGUAAUUUAUA